AGAAAGUAUCUAAUCCGGAGCAGUUGUCACCAUGAAGUUAACCGUUGUACUUUUGGCACUCGUCGGCCUUGUGGCUGCCGCUAACGUACCCCUCACCAGCAAAGUUCCCGUUGCCGAUCAUGCCUUCUUGGCGAAACAGAAGUUCCUCUUGGAAAUCGUCUACCGCGUGGAGGAUCCUCUGAUGUUCGAGGAUUACCUUAAGUUGGGCCACUCUUUGAGCUAUGAUCAGACACAUUACACCCAAUUCGAUCAUCUCAUGAAGGUGUUCUAUGAGUCCUACAAACAAGGCGCACUCUUACCUAGAGGUGAAUUCUUCGGUGCGCUCGUUAAGACUCACCACAAACAAGCGCAUGGUCUGUUCAACUUCUUCUACUACGCCAAGGAUUGGGAAACCUUCCAACAAAAUGUCGCUUGGGCUCGCAUCCAUGUCAACGAAGGCAUGUUCGUCUAUGCACUGACUUUGGCUGUCAUUCAUCGUGAUGACUUCAAGGGUCUGAUGUUGCCAUCCAUUUACGAAAUCUUCCCACAAUAUUUCUUCAAUAGCAAACUGAUUUACGCCGCAGAGAAGUUCGAUUACAACACAUGGAGCAAAUAUAUGCAAUACGAGAAGGAACUCCACGAUGUAUACCAAAGAAAUAGCUUGUACCGCAACAAUGAUUACUUCUACGUGAAGGACUUCAAGACCUACCAAUGGUGGAGACUGAUGGGUCUGGGUGAGCAAUGGUAUGCCACUGAGAAGAGCUUCCCUCUGCGCGAAAACUGGAAUGAAUUUAUCUCCAACGAUAAAUAUAUGUCCCUUAUGAAGGGCAUCAACAUGUUUUGGUAUCCAGUUGACUAUACUCGUGAUAUUCAAGAAAUGAACGAACACUCUGUGUUGUCGUACUUCACUGAAGAUUUGGGCUGGAACGCAUACUGGUACUAUUUGAACAUGGAUUACGCUUUCUUCUUGGACGGCAAGACAUUCGGUUUGGACAAGGACCGUCGUGGUGAAUGGUGGUUAUUUAACGUUGAUCAAAUCUUGGCUCGUUACUACAUGGAACGUUUAUCACACGGACUUGGUGAAAUCCCAGAAUUAUCCUGGAACCAGGCAUACGAAUACGGUUAUGAUCCUACUCUAGUCUCGUACAACGGUGUUGGCUACAGCUAUCGCAAGAACUACUAUGAGAUCCAAUCUUACGGCAACCUUGACAUGUUGAAUCAAAUUAAGAGCAGCUUCAAACGCAUCUACGAUGCUAUAGACACUGGUUACUACACCACCUACGGUGGACAGAAGAUCGACUUGCGUCAACCCGAAUCCAUUGAAUACGUCGGCAGCUAUAUGCAAAACAAUAUCGAUGCCUUCGAUAAGACUUUCUUCAGCUACUGGAACAUGCUGAGUCACAUGUACUUCGGUUACGUCGACUACAAUGAUUUCCUUGUACAACCAAGCAUUUCCUUGAACUUCGAAACAAUGUUACGUGACCCUCUGAUGUACACUUUCUACAAAAAGAUCGCCGAUGUCUUCUAUCGUUUCAAAUAUCACUUGGACGCCUACACCCAUGAGGAACUUUUAAUGCAAGGAGUCGAAAUCGAAGAUGUAGAAUUCACUGACUUAGUCACCUACUUCGAUUGGACAGACUUCGAUGUGAGCAACUUGAUGAAUGACAAGAUGAUCGUCGAUGAUGGCAAACUCGUUUGGAACAAUGCAUUGUACGCACGUCAAAUGCGUCUUAACCACAAGCCAUUCGAAUAUGAAAUGAAAGUCAAGUCCGAGAAACCCCAAAAGGUUGUCAUUCGUACCUUCCUUGGUCCUAAAUUUGACGAAUACGGCAGUAUUAUCUCGCUUGAGGAGAACCGUAAAAACUUCAUUGAAUUGGAUGAAUUCGUCUAUGAGUUGGCUGCUGGUGUGAAUGAAAUCAAACGCUCAUCCAGCGAAGACUUGUACUGGAAUAUUAAAGAUCGCACCACAUACACUGAACUGUACCGCUAUGUGAUGGCCGCCUUCGAUGGCAAAUACGAAAUGCCUUUGGAUAUCAGCGAACCACAUUGCUACUUCCCAGAUCGUCUUAUCUUACCCAAGGGUUGGGAGAGUGGUUAUCCAAUGCAAUUCUUCUUCUACAUUGCACCAUACGUAGGAUCUGUCGAAGAAUCUGCCAAUAUGGAUUACACAUAUUAUUGCGGCAUUGGUUCCGGCGAACGUCACACUGAUAACAUGCCAUUCGGUUAUCCCUUGGAUCGCCCAAUUGACGAAUACGAAUUCCUCGUACCCAACAUGUACUUCAAGGAUGUGAUGAUCUACCACAACAACACUCUGAAGCCAUACAUGUGGUCCCAGUACAAGAACAUGGGUCACUUCGAUUACGAUUUCGCCAAAACCAAUAACUGGAACUAAACGAUGUGCUCAAGCUGGCUGUGUGACUGAAGAUAACAUCGCAAUUGAAACUAGUUAAGCAUUAUAUAUGUAUGUAGAAAUGUUCGAAAUGGAUAUUGCUGUGAUGAGGUUCUAUUGCAGAAUUGUUAAUCGAACUGCAAGUUCUUAAAUAGUUUGUUAUAUAAGUUUUAAUAAAGAGAAAUUAAUUGCAAACGAUUGCUACGGCAAUUGAAAACUAAAA